CUCUUGAAAGAUCUGGGCUGGGUUUCAUCUCCUGUUUGAUUUUAAGUAGUUACCUCCAUGAGAACUGACUUCAGGGUGUUCAUCGAGGGAAGCAGAGUGGUCCCCAUGCUGGAAAUGAGAAAGCAUGACAGUUUCUGAGACUUGACUCUUAGUGCUCGGAGGUCCCCCAUACCCAUUCAAAAUGCCUUUUAAAGCAUUUGAUACCUUCAAAGAAAAAAUUUUGAAACCUGGAAAGGAAGGAGUGAAGAACGCCGUGGGAGAUUCGUUGGGGAUUUUACAAAGAAAAAUCGAUGGGACCAAUGAUGAAGAAGAUAACACUGAGCUGAAUGAAGAAGGAAGGCCAGUGCAGACUUCCAGGCAGAGGCCCCCACUCUGCAACUGCCACUGCUGUGGCAUCCCCAAGCGUUACAUCAUUGCCAUUAUGAGUGGGCUGGGAUUCUGCAUUUCCUUUGGGAUUCGCUGCAAUCUUGGAGUUGCCAUUGUGGAAAUGGUCAACAACAGCACUGUAUAUGUUGACGGAAAACCAGAAAUUCAGACAGCACAGUUUAAUUGGGAUCCAGAGACAGUGGGCCUUAUCCAUGGAUCUUUUUUCUGGGGUUAUAUUGUGACACAAAUUCCAGGUGGUUUCAUUUCAAAUAAGUUUGCUGCUAACAGGGUCUUUGGAGCUGCCAUCUUCUUAACAUCAACAUUGAACAUGUUCAUCCCUUCUGCAGCCAGAGUGCAUUACGGCUGUGUCAUGGGUGUCAGAAUUUUGCAAGGUCUAGUGGAGGGUGUGACUUACCCAGCGUGCCACGGGAUGUGGAGUAAGUGGGCACCACCUUUGGAGAGAAGCCGACUGGCCACAACCUCUUUUUGUGGUUCCUAUGCGGGGGCAGUGAUUGCCAUGCCUCUGGCUGGGGUGUUGGUACAGUACAUUGGAUGGGCCUCUGUCUUUUAUAUUUAUGGUAUGUUUGGGAUUAUUUGGUACACAUUUUGGCUGCUGCAGGCCUAUGAAUGUCCCGCUGCUCACCCAACAAUAUCCAGUGAGGAGAGGACCUACAUAGAGACAAGUAUAGGAGAAGGAGCCAACGUGGUUAGUCUCAGUAAAUUUAACACACCAUGGAAAAAAUUUUUCACAUCGUUGCCAGUUUAUGCAAUCAUUGUGGCAAAUUUUUGCAGAAGCUGGACCUUUUAUUUGCUGUUAAUAAGUCAGCCUGCUUAUUUUGAAGAGGUCUUUGGAUUUGCAAUAAGUAAGGUGGGUCUCUUGUCAGCAGUCCCACACAUGGUUAUGACCAUCAUUGUGCCGAUUGGAGGACAAUUGGCUGAUUAUUUAAGAAGCAGAAAAAUUUUGACCACAACUGCUGUCAGAAAAAUCAUGAACUGUGGAGGUUUUGGCAUGGAGGCAACCUUACUCCUGGUGGUUGGCUUUUCCCAUACCAAAGGGGUGGCCAUCUCCUUUCUGGUGCUUGCUGUAGGAUUUAGUGGCUUUGCUAUUUCAGGUUUUAACGUCAACCACCUGGACAUUGCCCCGCGCUAUGCCAGCAUUCUCAUGGGGAUCUCAAAUGGAGUGGGAACUCUCUCUGGAAUGGUCUGUCCCCUCAUUGUCGGUGCAAUGACCAAGCACAAGACUCGUGAGGAAUGGCAGAAUGUGUUCCUCAUAGCUGCCCUGGUGCACUACAGUGGCGUGAUCUUCUAUGGGGUCUUUGCUUCUGGGGAGAAACAGGAAUGGGCUGACCCUGAGAAUCUCUCUGAGGAGAAGUGUGGAAUCAUUGACCAAGAUGAGUUAGCUGAGGAGACAGAACUCAACCAUGAGAGUUUUGCAAGUCCCAAAAAGAAGAUGUCUUAUGGUGCCACCACCCAGAAUUGUGAAGUCCAGAAGGAGAAAUGGAGAGGACAGAGAGGAGUGACCCUCGAUGAGGAAGAGCUGACAUCCUACCAGAAUGAAGAGGGAAACUUCUCAGACACAGCCUAGUGUCUGAAGGGCACUUCCAUCUUCUCCUCACCUUAGAACCAGAAAGUAUCCAUACCUAUUACCUUCCCCAUAGCCUGGCUUGCCGGAGAGUCAAUAUGGGGACACUGGAGGUAGGAGGGGGAGGAAAGGAAACCUGACCAGCAAUAGAGAAGAGAAAAGAAAAAUAUCUUGCAAUGACACUUAUGGGUAUGGAGCUUGCUCUCAGUUGACAAAAUGGGUAUAAAAAUAUAAUAUUUUUGGAUUGUCAGUAGACUCUUCUCAAAGAAGAGUUCUCAAAGUUCAGUUCUCAAAGCUCUGAACUUAUUCAGAAAGGAAUGACUAGAAGAAUAAGGGAGACAAUACCAUGCGAUGCAAAGAAAAAUCGAAGGAAUUGAGCAUAUUUGGCCUGGAGCAGAGAAAACAAGAGCUGUCAUCACAUUUCUGAGGGCAGCCACGCAGAAGAGGGUUUCCUAUUCCUAAUAAAGGCUACUGCCCAUGGGGACCCUGCAUCGUGCCAGGAGCUUUAUAAACCUUCUCAUUUCAUUUCCACACCUCUAUGACAUACAUUUAUCAUCUUCAUUUUACAACUAAGGAAGCUAAAGCAACACAAUAUUGAUUUGUCUGAGGGCCAGGGCUGAGAUUCACAGGGUCCAAAAUAGGUGGCAGUCUUGGAGAAGUUUUCACCUCAGUAUAGAGAAGGCACAUUUUUUUAAUAAUGAAAACUGAAAAUGGAGAGGGUGGUCUUGUGGAUAAUUCCCUAUUUUGGCAGGCAUGGAGAAUGGGAAACAUCUGCCAUAUCAACAUCUGGUUUGAUAUGGCAGAAAGCAUUGUCAUUGUAGCAGGGGCUGGAUUCAAAGAUCCUGGGUUCAGAGAGAGGUUAGACCAUAAAAAAGAAAAGAACACAAAAAGAAAAUAAAAAGGAAAGAAAGAAAAGGAACAAUGAAAAGGGAAAAAGCUGAAUAAGAUGGCUAAAUUUCUAAGAAUCUGGUGUCCAGAAUGGCUGAGAAGAAGUAAAGAAGGGUUUGGCUGAAUUUCAACCCUUCAAAAUAUCAAGAAUUUAGUUAAGUAAAUAAUGUCCCAAAUUACUUAUACAUCUUUAAGACAUUUAGUAAUUUAAGAAAUUGGUUCACGUGUUUUAUUAGGUAAAAUUCUCUUGAAAGAGUCUUCUGUUUUAAAAAACGUAUGUCUUUAGACAUUUCUGCUGGUCAUAUUUGGAAGUUUGAUCAAACUACGCACAACUAUGAUUGAAGUAUUCCUAAUGAGUGUAUUUGGAAUGUUACUGAGGAAAACCAUAAUAAUAUGGCAGUAAUUAUAUAGGGAAAUGAAAUGAGAGCAUGACAGAAAA